GGAUUUCGCCAAAGAGAGAGAGCGCGAGCAGCAGCAGCGGCGGCGGGAGGAGGAGGAACGGCAUCUGUCUGUAGAAGGGUCUCGACCCCCCAAACGUCACCUAUUCCUUCUCUCCAGAGAUGCUGCCUGAGUUGCCCCAGCACUCUAUGUCUAUCUCUGGAGAACACGGAUAGGCGAUCUUGCGGGGUCAGGACCGCUCUUCUGGCGGUUGAAGGGAUGAUAAGUAGUUUUCAGUUCGUCAGGCUGUUCGCUUUGGAGUUCCAUCAGAAACAUAAAUGGACAAAAUUUGUCUUUCUGAAGAGAUUUACAAAAUGAUUAAAUUCUUCCUUUUGAUGAACAAGCAAGGGCAAAUAAGACUCUGUCGAUAUUAUGAGCCUAUGGAAAUCCAGAAAAGGACAUUGUUAGAGUCUGAUGUCAUUAAAAAAUGCCUAUCACGUACAAAGGACCAGUGUUCCUUUGUUGAAUACAAGGAUUUUAAACUAGUUUAUCGACAAUAUGCUGCACUCUUCGUUGUAAUUGGGAUUGAUGAUGCCGAGAAUGAACUGGCAGUGUAUGAACUGAUACAUAAUUUUAUUGAAGUUUUGGACAAAUACUUCAGCAGAGUGUGUGAGUUGGAUAUUAUGUUUAAUUUAGAUAAAGUCCAUGUCAUCUUGGAUGAAAUGAUCUUGAAUGGACGUAUUGCAGAGACCAACAAAAGCAGAAUUCUUGCCCCACUUCUUGCACUUGACAAAAUGACUGGAAGUUAAAAUAAAAAAAACAAUUUGCCCAAAGCCAGCACCAUCUGAAUGUUCUUACCAAAUGCUGCAUAAUAGAUUGCUACCGAGGUUCUGACUUUUAUCACAAUGAACACGCUUACUAACAUUACUGCUAAAGUUGUUAAUUGUUGUCCUGAGGAAGUAGUGCUGAGCCACAAGUGAUAAAGGAAAUGAAAAUGUAGGGAGAAAAAAUGGGAUCCCGUCAAACAGAUUAUCCUAAAAAAGACAAAGACUCACCGGGGUCAGGCAGCAUCUUUGAAGAACAUGACUAGGUGAUGUUUCGGGUCGGGACCCAACAGAUUGUGGGUGGCACAGUGACGCAGUGGUACAGUUGCUGCCUUACAGCGCCAGAGACCCAGGUUCGAUCCUGACUACGGGUGCUGUCUGCGAGGAUUUUGUACAUUUUCCCUGUGACCGCAUGGGUUUCCUCCCUCACUCCAAAGACGUACAGGUUUGUACGUUAACUGGCUUUGGUUAAAAAAAAAUGUAAAUUGUCCCUAUUGUGUAGGAUAGUGCUAGUGUACGGUGUGAUUGCUGGUCGGCGCGGACUUGGUGGGCCGAAGGGCCUGUUUCCGUGCUGUAUCUUUAAAGUCUAAAGAUUAUCUUGCCCUGGACAAAUACAAUUGCCAUUUAUUAUAUUAUGAUUGGUUUAAAGAGUUAUUUAUGUAUGAAGAGCUGUAUCUUGUGUAUCUUCUCUCUACUGGCGCGAGCGACUAGAACCAGUGCUUGGUUAUCAUAUGUUAUCUUCAGUAUUUGACAUAUCUUGAAAUAGGUGUGAAUUUAAAGUUGUGAACGGCCUGGGAUACUUAAGACAGUUUCCAUUGCAUUGGAACUGUGCCAGAAACUGGAACAGAAUGUUCAUAUCGAUUUCACCGAGCUUCAGAUGGAGGAAUAAUAAAUUAUUCAAAAGCUGAAAA